UUUGAAUCGCAAAAGAUUUUUUCACUACUUUGGCCACCCAAUGAAAUUAGCGUCGUACACAAGUAAGCGUCCCUUUAAUAACAGAGUCCUGUCACCUCGUAAAUGUGUGUAUUUUGAAUAUUUUAGUGCUGUUAAAAGCGGAUAGAUGUCUAAAGAGGUUUCUGAAAAAGUGGAGGCUGACAGACCAGAUAUUGAGGGUCAGUCUGACGAAAGCAGCGACGAAGCCGAAGCUUCAGGAGAUACUGAAAUGGACUUUCUGCGCAACCUUUUCUCACGAACUCUUGGCUUGAGUUCUGGAGAGAAAGUUUUGGAUGAGUUGACAUUGGAUGGUGUGGCCCAAUACAUUAAGAGUGGAAAAUGCAAGAACAUUAUCUGUAUGGUCGGGGCAGGAAUAUCAACAUCGGCUGGAAUCCCAGAUUUUCGUUCACCUGGCACUGGUCUUUAUGCAAACCUGCAGAAGUACAACCUGCCUUACCCAGAAGCCAUUUUCCAAAUUGACUACUUUAAGAAACAUCCUGAGCCCUUCUUUGCUCUGGCCAGAGAGCUCUACCCAGGACAAUUUAAGCCAACAGUGUGUCACUACUUCAUGAAGAUGCUGAAAGACAAAGGUUUACUGCGACGCUGUUACUCUCAGAAUAUUGAUACACUAGAAAGAGUAGCAGGUCUGGAAGGAGAGGACCUUAUUGAAGCCCAUGGCACUUUCCACACGUCUCACUGUGUGAGCUUUCUAUGCCGAAAGGAGUUCUCAAUGGACUGGAUGGAAGAAAAGAUUUUCUCUGAAGAUAUUCCUAAGUGUGACUCCUGUGGAAGCUUGGUUAAGCCUGAUAUUGUGUUUUUUGGGGAGAAUCUACCUGCCCGAUUCUUCACCUCCAUGAAAAUGGACUUUCCACAAUGUGAUCUUCUCAUUAUUAUGGGCACAUCACUGCAGGUGCAGCCCUUUGCAUCUCUGGUCAGCAGAGUAUCAAACAGCUGUCCCAGACUGCUUAUUAAUAUGGAGAAAACCGGACAGUCUGAGUUUGGAGGGGGAUUAUUCGGUUUUGGAGGUGGAAUGGAUUUUGACUCAGAUAAAGCUUACAGAGAUGUGGCACACCUGAGCACCUGUGACGAUGGCUGCUUGGCUUUUGCUGAUCUGCUAGGCUGGAAAGCAGAGCUGGAAGAGUUGGUGAAACGUGAACAUGCUUUGAUCGAAAGCAAAAAUGUCAAAAAGAAAGACAAGGAGGCUAGUCAGAGCUCUCAAAGCCCUCGGGCGGAGUCUGCAAAGAGGGACAAGACUGAAUAGCCAAUCGGAGCAUGCACAGGCCGUUGUAUUUUUUGACCCUUAUAGAUCAAUAUAAUUCAUUCGUCUCUGGGUCACAUUUCUCUGAGCUAUUAUGUUUUUCACCUGGCUGUCUAAUGUAAAAGCAGAUAGCAAUAGACACUACUAAAAUAGUACAGAAACCUCAAAGGGCUCAGAUAGGAAGACUGAGAAAUAGACAGCAAUGUGUGAUGCAUGUAAGAGUUUCUGUCAAAAACUCAGAACUGUAAAUGAAUGAGAAUCCACACGUUAAUCCCACUGAAAACAGAUCUGUAAAUGACAAAGAGGGUGUGUUGCGUCAGUACACACAAAGGUAAACAUGCUUGUGUUUUUGGCCUUGUAUUGUUUGGCCUUGUAGAUUUUUAUGUGUUAUGUUUUUAAGUAAUGAUUUAUUUUCUUUUAAUGAAUUUAUAUACAUGAUCAUUGUUAUAAUGCAUUGUUUGCUGGUUAUUCGGUGUCUGUUGCUUAUCAUUAGUUAUCUUCCUCUUUGGCUUGCUUGCGUAAAAGGAAGUUUUACGACAUAGCUGUGUUAUCUAAUCAAGCCCAUUGAAACAUUAUAUGAGGAAGUAAGAAUAAAACAUGACAACGUUUUAUAUAUUUUCUAUUUUAUACAGUGUACGUUGGUCAAAAUAUAUUAGGACUUAAGAACUGAAUCAAUAUGGCUUUUAUAGAAGUGGUAAAAUGCAGUUUGGUAACAGAUAUGAUGUAACCAUUAAACAUCACUUAUGUUGUGACUCUCA